AUGAGCUUGGUCGUUCCCAGUCGUGCGCUCCGUUUCUUUAUUCGCACUCGACCUUUCUCCACUGCUCCACCUCUACGCCCCAGACGACUGAGCCGCGUGCUGGUGCUUUCCAGCGCAUUAACUACCUCCGCGCUGGGCUACGCAUUUUACGCCGAUGUUUCGGGUACCACACCAGCGUCUUCCGACACGCGCACACUGUCGGAUUUGGUGCGUGCGUAUGUCGUGUAUGGGAUGUGCAGUGUUACUCCCCUCGUUGAUGCGGCACCGACAAUAUUGGACGUCUUGUUCGGUAUCCCUGGAGUGAAUAAGAUAGUGGAAAGUUUCGUAAGAACCACUUUCUUCCACCAGUUUGUUGGUGCAGAAACUGCCCAUGGUGUACUACCACUACUUGUAUCUCUCCGCGCAGAGAAGAAAGGUGCUCUCUUUGGUUACAGUGUUGAAGUCGACGAAAAGGAGGCGGUGGAUCAUGCGAAGGUAGAAAAGGAGCCUGUACACAAGCGUAUCGUAAAGGAAAUGAUCAGGAGUAUUGACGUUGCCGCCGACUUCGAGGACGGAAGGGAUACCCCACAGAGUGGACGCGUAGGGAGGCGGACUUGGGUUGCCGUGAAAGUUACUGCUCUGCUUCCAAAUGCACAGUCUUUGAUCAACCUGUCCACAUACCUCACACAUACCCGAGCACCACUUGAACCGCCGGUACUCUUCCCAGGGACUCCUUCCCCAUCUGAUUUAUCUGUUUUGCAUUCCUCUAUACCCACAGGAGCAUUAACGGAAGCUGAUAUCCAUGACCUGAAAGAGCUAUACAAUGACCUUGUGCAGAUUUGUACAUGUGCUCGAGAACGCGGAGUAAGAGUUAUCAUUGAUGCAGAGCAUAGUUGGUACCAACCCGCGAUCGACGCAUUUGGACACGCAAUGAUGGAGCGAUUCAACAAGCUCCCCUCCGGUGGCUUCCAGCGGGCAUGGUGGGACGUUUCUUCGUGGAUAUCCUCUCCAUCACCGAAGGAAGCUGCGCAUGUCAGAGUGCAGCCCCUCGUGUACGUGACCUACCAAGCCUAUUUACGGCGCAUGCCCGCGCACCUCACGCACUCCCUAGCGCUGGCCCGUGAGAGAGGCUAUGCACUCGGAGUGAAACUUGUCCGGGGGGCUUAUCACCCGCAGGAACUCGCUGCCCAUCAGCUGGCUCGUUCAUCCACCUCUCCAGCUGGAUCCUAUUCAUCACAUCACUCACACACACUCUCCAUAUCUCCCGAUCCCGAACCCCCUGUCCAACCCUCGAAGGAUGCGACGGACCAGUGCUAUCACGACUGUGCAACCUUGUUGGUCGACGCGAUCUCUCGCGAUCUCCACCGCUCCGGCCGAUCCGGUGCACCAGGUAUCGGUGUCGUUUUUGGUACGCAUAACUGGACCUCGUGCGAGUUUGUCCUUGAGGAACUUGUUAAGAAGAGCCUGGGAGUUGUUGGGUGUGCCGGUGUCGAUGGGGUGCUUGAGGAAGACGUGGUGCGUAUCCCGCCUGAGGUCGGCGAGAGAAUUACAUUUGGGCAGCUGUAUGGAAUGUCCGACGCGCUGACGAACCACCUCGUCGGACGGACGCGAUGCGAGGCACCGUGUGUGGUGAAACACGUCCCGUACGGCGCGCUGGUGGAGGUUAUGCCCUACCUUUCUCGUCGGGCGGUCGAGAACAAGAGCGUCCUCGGAACAGGGGGUGCCACGAGAGAGAGAAAGGAGGCUGCGGCUCUCAUUUGGAAGAGGAUGAAAGGAUUGAUUGGGUCAUAGGAGCCUUUUUCAUUCCUCAUAAGAUUUUACUGGGUGAAACACAUUCUUAUGCAACAAGGAGCUCCAGAUGCAGGUUUGUAAGUAUGUAGACUCAAGUAACUACCCCAUAUCAUGGACUAGGAGACGUAGCCUGACUAGACAGAUAUCCUAAUUGUACUAGAGAGGAAGAACGGUCGUGCUUUGCCUAUGAGAGCUUUGACAAAUAAACAGAAC